AAUUUCUUUGUAAAUGCGCAGGAUACAGAUUAUGCAGGUAGAAGUUAUAAAGCCACGCUUCGGAGUGCAGGAUAACACAACAAGCCGAAGAGCAACGACCAACAGUUUGAAAGAAAAACAAGAAUAAACAAAAUCUUCAACGAAAAUGCGUCUGAAAGUUGCAGCUAUCCUCGUUGUUGCAAUCUCUCUCCUAUUGGCGGAGGAGUCUCAUGGGGGUUGGGGGGGAUUCAAAAAAAUCUUUCGAGGAGCAAAAAGGGUAGUAAAGAAAGGCUACAAAUAUGCUAGAAGAACUAAAUUGGGCCACAUUGCAAUUGAAUUGGGCAAAAAGGCCCUUAAAAAGAAAUUGGGCUUAGACGAAGAGAUCACUAAGCUGAGAAAGCUCAGAGAGAAGGACGAAGAAGCCUAUAUAAACGCAAUGUCCAUGAUUGCUGACGAAAUUGCCGCAGAAUCUGGAGAUGGUGAAGCUCAGAUCAUGGUGGAAAUGUUGGACGAACUGGCCAACAUGCCUGACGAGGAAUUCAACCAGUUCGUGGCUGAGCAAGAACUUGAACAAAUUGCAGAUUCCGACGAGCUGCUGUUAUCAGAUCAUUAAAAUGAAGUUUCCUAACGGACAGACCUACCAAAAGACAACCCGUUUUAAUUUGAUGUUUCAUUUUUUUCAUUGUUUCUAACAGAUAUUGCAGAUUCAAAAAAACAAAA